GACCCACCCUUAUCAGGGCUAAUAGAUACAUAUAUAUAUUUAUUACAUUGUACAACUUAUCAGGACUAACAUAUACAUAUAUCUAUAUAUUAUAUUAUAUAACUUCUCAUUAUUAAAUAUUGCUAAAUAUGAAUGUACCACACGUGCCGAUUUCACAUCAGACCCAAAAGGUCAUUACAGCAUCUUGCGAAAGCAGACAACUUGCAAUUUUGUUCACAGUUGACCUCAAACACGAGGCCAACCACUAAGAGAAACUUAACGUUUUUGGCAACUACCGUGCGAAUCUCACAUCGAAGCUAGCCAAUUUCGACCAUGCGAAGGCUGCACUCUCAUGCCUCUACCCUUCCUCCACCGUUGACAUAAGCGGAUGCCAUGGACGAGCGAGGUCAUCCAUACGCGGACUUUCGAUAAUUGCGAGGAUUCCCACGGCCAUUCAGCGAGCGGACCAACAUAUAAGGGAGAACUUCAGUCAUAGCAGAGCAGAUGUACUGGGACCACCAUACACUACACUUGAAGUUUCUACCUAUCAUCUUCUUUUGAAGUCUUAAGCGGCUUAUAAUUGUCUUAAUCAUCAUAUUUUUGAAGCAUACUGAACUUAUGCUAUUAACUGGUUGUCGUUGUACAUGUUUUAUAAGUAUAUUAAAUUAAAUGUUUGUGAUUUACUCUGAAGUUAUUCUAUUAAAUAUCUAAAAACCUAUCACCACGAUUGUAACAACACUCAAACAGCCUGCAAUACAUACAUACAGGGCUACAGGGUUGCUACAUUGGCGCAGUCUAAAGGGAUCGUUCAAAGACGGUAACGACAUCAAGUCCAACUGAUUUCAACUGGAAGGGACAAGUCAAUUGAAGCACUUCGUUGAAAUCGACGUUUUUGGAAGAACCAUUCAAAUAUGAACGCUCUUUUGGUCAUAGGAAUGUGUAUACUUCGAACAGUCUGCGCGGAUUUUCGGUACCACGUUGACACAUUAUCCGAUACCCAAAGCGGGUUAUACUAUGAAAAACUUGAUUCUCUUAAGGUUCAAACCAAGGAAGUUACUCUAUUGACUUAUUUAGACUUAAGUCAGUACAAUCAGAAUGCCCAACUACUAGAGGCAAGGGUUAAUGCAUCAUACGAAUAUUGUGAACACUUUACUAAAUCAUUUUCCCCUCAAUUAGCAUCAAUUAAUGAAAGCUAUAUUAAUUCUAUUCACGAUCAUUGUGUAACUUUAAACACACAAGCAAGGGUUUCUCUAUCUAGCAUUGUAAAUAAAACUGAUUUAAUCUUCAGAACUAUUGAACCUAGUCGUUCAAAGCGGGGAAUUCCUUUUAAAUUAUUAAGCAAGGCAGCUCGCCUACUAUUCGGAUUAUGCAGUGAGCUAUGUAUACAAAAUUCAGAUAAAAUAAUAGACAAGGUAUUAUCAGGUGAACAUUCGGUUCUACCAAUUCUAACAAAGGUCCUUGGCCUUCCUAACAUUACUUCUAAGCAGCCGUCUGUCGAUACUUUGGAAAUGAUAUCCGCAUAUGACCAAAAUAACACAAUAGGAGAUUUGGAUCGCGUUCGAAUAGACAACGCUUUAGCUCUAAACGCAUUACUUAAUCAAUUUUCACUAGAAGCGAACACUCUUUUUGAAAUACUCCAAAGCGCUAGGUUAGGUUAUAUACACCCUAGUCUGAUUAAUGACGAGGCAAUUCUAGAACAACUUAAGUCCAUUACAGAUCAAUUCGAUCCAAACACCGAAUUACCUUACGCCUUAUCACUACGAAAUAUACCUAAAUUACUAAAGGUAUCCAAACUAGCUAUAUAUUAUUCUAACGACCGAGUUGUACUAAAAAUAGGAAUUCCGUUAACAUAUGAUGAAACCUUAGAUGUAUUUCAUAUAUUACCUCAUCCUGUUUGUAUUAACCAUAAUUGUGUUUUUAUCAAGCCCAAAUUCCAUUACAUAGCUAUGACAGCCUCACGAAAGCUAUAUUCCACUUUCGAAAGGAUUGAUCAAAUAGAAUGCCAACAAACCGACGAAUUUAGAUUAUGUCCGGAAAUUUAUCCAUUACAUCUAACCUCAAAUAAACCCUUAUGCGAAGCCUUAUUAUUCCAAGAGUUAGACACAGCACCAGCUGUCUGUGAUAUAACAUUCAACCAAUUAGGUACUACGGUGUUCUAUAAGUUAACACAUCAAAAUAAAUGGUAUUUCAUUUCAAACGGGGAGUCAAUACUUAUUACCUGCAGUAACAGCACCAAUAAGUCCCUAGCACUCAUUGAUAUAAUGGGUACUGGUAUUUUAACUCUUAACGAAACUUGCAAGGCUUAUGGUGCCGAUCAUGUAUUAAUUCCAAGCACUCCAACUAACGAACAAGAUAAUUAUGGUAACUACAUAGCAAAUGUGACAAUAAAAGAAGCAAACAUUUUGACUUCUACUUUAGUUGAUCAAAUCCUUGACCCUUUUCAAUCACCAAUAAGGUCCAUAACUGAUUUUUUAAAUACGGGAAAAACCCUCUCUCAGUUGCAGCUUCAACAAAAUCUGUUGCAAGCACCAAACAAACAUUUUUAUUAUAACUAUAUCUUAUUUAUAAUAUGUUCAAUUAAUUUACUAAUGAUACUUGCCAUAAUUUAUCUACAUGACAUUAACCAUCGGAAUUCUUUACGUCAACCGCGACGUCAAAUUGUAUAUACUCCAGGAGAGGAAGAAGGAGUAGAAUUAAGAGGAGUAGAUUAACAUUUUAUAAUAUAUUAACUGAAAGUAAAAGUAGAAAUUUAGUUUAGCAGUUAGAUUAAAAGAUUCACUAAUAAGAAUCAUUUUUAUAUAUAUAUAUUUUAAGGGCCAUAUGAUACAACCAUGGCCUUAAGCCUAUACAUUGACAUAGGGGACGAUGAUGAGUGCGAGUUAGACGCGUGUCUACACGCCCUAGGAGAACGACGCCAGUCGAUCUCUUCACAACCGGGCCGCAGAUACGUUACUUUCCAGAACCACACGUUUUAUUAGGGGCUGGAAACAUCAUAUGCCCUGAGAUUUGUAGAGAUAAAAAAAAAAAAAAAAAAAAAAAGAAUAUAUAUAGAUAUACAUAAUCCUCUAUUGUAGUAUUUAUUCUAAACAGUAACUCAAAUUAUAAACUAUCACUACUACAUUUCUCCCAUCCGGUAAUAAACCAUUUAGUUAAGAUUCAAUUAAGUUCUAACGUACUGGGUCUUACUACCAUUAGAAUAAGGAUAAUUUGAUGUAUGUAAAUAAGCGCACAUGCGAAAAAAAAAAAAUGUUCUAAUUAAUCUAAUAUAUUAUACAAAUAAGUACUAACCACCUUUUUAUUG